AUGACGAACGACCGAUCCCUGGGUCCUAGAGCAAGCUCAUGUGAAGAAACCUCGAUUUCCAAGACGAUCCCCAUCACCAUACAGGAUGCUUUCCACCAGCGUGUCCUGGAGCAACAUGAUGCUCCAGCGGUUUGCGCCUGGGAUGGAGAGCUUACAUAUGGAGAGCUGGACGAGAAAUCCUCGGCCUUAGCCAGACUCUUGGCGCAGAAAGGGGUCCAGGCAGGAGUUUUUGUGCCGCUGUGCUUUGAUCGGUCGCUAUGGACAGCAGUGGCCAUGCUCGCAGUUUCCAAAGCCGGUGGUGUCUUUUGCUUCCUUGAGCCAAAAUACCCACUGGCUCGACUGCAACACAUGUGCCGUCAUAUCAAUUCCAAGAUGGUGCUGGCCAGUGAAUCUCAACUCGAGCUGGCGACGAAGCUGAGUGAGCAUUCUCUGGUCCUUGCCGUGAACGAGAGUUUACUAUCAACCUCCCCUACGGAUCAGGAACUGGGCGAUACGGUUCCUGAUCAAGCAGCCUAUGUCGCCUUCACAUCAGGAUCCACCGGUAAACCCAAGGGUAUCGUUGUAUCUCACCAAGCAUUGGUCGCUGGAAUUCUCCACAAUCAUAAGCCUUUGCAUCUGAAUCGACGUUCUCGGGUCUUGCACUUCGCAUCAUUUGCAUUCGACGUCAGCUUCUUGGAGCAUUUCUGGCCUCUUCUCGUUGGAGGCUGUCUUUGUAUUCCGUCCGAGUCUGACCGCGAAAACAACCUCAUGGAGACAAUCCAGAAACUGCAGGUCAAUUGGGCCUUCUUCACUCCUUCUGUAGCUCGUGUACUCAAUCCCACCCAGCUACCAACUCUGAGACAUCUCAUCUUGGGAGGAGAGCCUGUGACUCAGACGGAUCUGGAUAUGUGGUCACCACACGUCCAAAUCAUAGGCGUGUAUGGUCCAGCAGAGUGCGCGGGAUGCAUCACUGUUCAAUCCGACUAUGGGAAGGUAGUGUCUGCUGCCAAUAUUGGUUUCCCUUAUGCCGUCGCCUGCUGGGUGGUGGAUGAGAAUGACCAUACUGUCCUCGUCCCAACCGGCUCAGUCGGGGAGCUUGUAAUCAAGGGCCCCAGUUUAAGUGAAGGAUACAUUCAUGAUCCUGAACAAACAGCAAAGUCAUACAUUUCAAACCCCCCUUGGCUUUCGGUCUCCAAUGAAGUGGAAGAGAAACUGUAUAAAACCGGAGAUCUGGUCCGCUGUCUCCCUGAUGGCUCCUUUCAUUUCAUCGGCCGCAAGGAUACGCAGGUUAAAAUCAACGGUCAGCGCAUCGAGCUCCAAGAAGUCGAGCAUCACACACGGGCAGUUCUGGGAAGCAACCGAGAGGUCAUUGUGGAAGCUGUCACGGCCGGUAGACCAUCAUCAUCUCUCGUUGCCUUCAUUGUCACAGAAAACGUCCCCCACUCUUCCACUGAACUCUUCCUGGCGCCGGAGGCGGGGUUUCAGGAUCGAAUCAACACAACCAGGUCGCUGCUACGCGGGAGGUUGCCGGGUUAUAUGAUCCCGGAGACUUAUAUCUCGAUCAGUCGUAUCCCUUCGACGGUGACAGGAAAAGUGGAUCGCAAGGGCUUGCGAGAGCAAUUCACCCUUCUUCCGCGUGCCCAGAUAAAGGCUUACUUUGGCCUUGAAAACAAGGAGAAGGCUAUGCCACUUACUGCGACAGAAGUGCAGAUGCAGAGACUUUGGGCCAAUGUGCUCAACCUAGACUUGCACGAAGUUUCAAGACAUGACGAUUGGAUCUCCUUGGGGCAAUUCUUCCUGACGGUGCCGGAGAUAUUCCGCCAUAAAACAAUUGCCACGCUGUGCCAGAAUAUCAAAACAGACGUUUCGGAGAUGAUGCAAGAGAUCAAUCCAUUUGCGCUUCUGUACGACCAUCAGCUAAAGGGCGACACACUUCUCCGUACCAUCGCGGACCAGUGCCAAGUAUCUCAGGACUCGAUCGAGGAUGCUUAUCCUUGUACUUCGCUCCAGCUUGAUGCGUCUCUUGUUCCAAUCCAAUUGGGGUACAAUUAUACACUACGACUCGAAUUUCAAUUGCCGUCCGCUGUUGAUCCAGCCCAGCUCGCCCUCGCAUGGGAAAUGACGGUCGCCGCCAACCCUAUUCUUCGUACGCGCAUCGUCGAGCUGACGAAGGACCGUUAUAUACAAGCGGUUAUUCGAGAGACAAUCCCGUUAGACACUCUUCACAGAUCAACUAUGCCUCAAUACGAGCCUUCUGUAGAUGUCUGGGGACUUGGAAAGCGCCUUGUACGAGUCUGUGUUCAAACAAAUCGGCUCGUCAUGCUCAUACAUCACGCGAUCUACGAUGGCCAAUCUUUACCCCUUCUCUUUCGAGACAUCUCCAGCGCAUACCAAGGUCAGAAGUUGACUCUGAGGCACUUUGCCCCAUUUGUUCGGUGGUCGACAAAUAUCAGUGCUCCUCAACGUCAGUUCUGGAUUGAAAAAUUUGCCGAGUUCGACGGCAGAGUCUUCCCGCCAGUGCUGGAUCCAUCGCUCGAGCCUGUCGAAAGCCGCGAACUUACCGGAACCCUCAACAUCAUCAACGACGAUUUCACUGCCACCAACAAAAUCCGACUGGCCUUCGCUAUCGUGACCUCCUGGUACCUCGGUACAGACGAUGUUGUGUUCGGAGCCGUCUUCGCACGGCGAUCGGCGCCUAUCAUGGAUAUCAUAGAUUCGGCCGUCCCGACUACUGCGAUGCUCCCUGACCGAAUCCAGCUGGACCCCAAAGAGACGCUCAGGUACAAUCUGGAAAGGGAUCAAGAUAAUGUCCUCUCCUUGAUAUCGAACGAAGGAAUUGAUGACCGCGAUAUCGAACAGCUGAGUCCCGAAUGUGCAGCGGCAUGCCAGUAUGGCACCCUGCUGGCUGUGCAACCUGAUUUGACUACGGCAUAUCCGGAGAUGUUUCGUGAGAAGGACAUGCAGUAUUAUGGCCCAAUUUGCGCUUUGAAUGCUCUGCUACAGUGCUACUUGUCCCCUGGGUCUGCAACCAUCUCUCUUCGCCUCAGCGAGACUACGAUGCAGGGCGUGUAUUGUUGGGAGCAAUUCAUGGACGAAUUUCAAGCAGUCUUCCACUUGAUCCAGCAACGCCCGGAGGUGAAGCUUUGUGAUCUUCGAAGUCAGCUGGACAUUUCAACUUCCCGCUCCUUCCUUCCAUAG